GACUCGAGCGCGGACCAAUCACAACACGCUGAAGAAGCAGCGUCCUGUGCGUCGUGACGUAUUUCAUCUUCUUCGUGAGGCGCAUUGUGUGAAGGCUGGUGAAUCAGAGCAGCACCCAAGCCGCCGCCAUGUCUAAGGAGACGCCUCGUGAGCCUGAGCAGAUGCGAAAGCUCUUCAUUGGGGGUCUCAGCUUCGAGACAACAGAUGAGAGCCUCCGGGCGCAUUUCGAACAAUGGGGAACCCUGACAGACUGCGUGGUGAUGCGGGAUCCAAACACUAAGAGGUCGAGAGGGUUCGGCUUCGUGACCUACAGCUCGGUGAACGAAGUCGACGCGGCGAUGGACGCCAGGCCUCAUAAAGUGGACGGGAGAGCCGUCGAGCCCAAAAGAGCCGUCUCGCGAGAGGACUCGUGCAGGCCUGGCGCUCACUCCACUGUGAAGAAGAUCUUUGUUGGAGGAAUCAAAGAGGACACAGACGAAGAGCACCUGCGCGACUACUUCAGCAGGUUCGGCAAAAUCGACGAAGUGAACAUCAUGACUGAGAAGAACAGCAACAAGAGGCGGGGCUUCGCAUUCGUUACAUUCGACGACCACGACGCCGUGGACAGGAUAGUCAUUCAGAAAUAUCACACGGUCAACGGACACAACUGUGAAGUGAGGAAAGCGCUUUCCAGAGAAGAGAUGAACAGAGUGUCAAUGAACAACAGAGGUGGCCGAGGAGGCGGUGGUGGAAACUUCGGUGGGCGUGGAGGUGGAGGAUAUGGAGGUGAGUGUUUUUCCACUGAAUGUCAUGAGAACGUAAAUCAUGGUGAGAUUUUAUACAUUGUUCUACCUGCAGGAGGAUACGGAGGAGGAGGACGUGGAGGAUACGGAGAUGGAGACGGAUACGGAAACGGAUACGGAGGAAACGGUGGUUACGGUGGAGGCGGUCCUGGUUACGGUGGUAACCGUGGCUACGGAGGAGGAGGUGGCGGUGGUUAUGGCAACCAGGGAGGUGGCGGCGGCGGUGGAUACGGAGGCGGAGGAUACGACAACUACAAUGGAGGAGGAGGCGGUGGCGGCGGUGGAAACUACGGAGGAGGAAACUUCGGAGGCGGGGGCGGAGACUACAAUGACUUCGGCAACUACAACACUCAGUCAUCGUCUAAUUAUGGCCCGAUGAAGGGAGGAAACUACGGAGGUGGAGGCAGGAGCGGCGGUGGUCCGUAUGGUGGUGGGUAUGGCGGCGGUUCCGGUGGUGGUUAUGGAGGCGGAUCUGGAGGAAGGCGGUUCUAAGCUGCAGGCCACAGUACUUAGGAGAGGAGAGCCAGAGAGAGGAUGAUGAUGAUGAUGAUGACAGGGAAAGGAGAGAAAUGAAGGAAGCAGGUUUACACACCUAGAAUCUGCUCAGCGAUAUUAACGUCUGCCACACGCCAGGAAUCGUGUAUGAUAGCGGAGAAAGAGAAAAAAAUCAUGUCCAGGUGUCGGGGGAGGGGGAGGGGUGGUCAUGUGAGGUCAACGUUGUAUUUUCUUUUUAAAUUCUAAACUAUUUUCGAUCCUGGACGCCGUUACUUUGCUGUUAGCUCUCUAGCUGAACAUUGAUGUCUGUGAAGUGUGAAUCAUUCCAUUCAGCUUUUAGUCAGGUUUAUUUUUUUAUUUCUUUUUCCUAUUUUUUUCCACUUUGCUACCUUUUUAGGGUUUUUUAUGUAAUCCGCCAUUAAUCAAGAUGAAAUAAAUCGCUCCUGGGUUUUUAUUAUUUAA